AUGAUUUGGAACAACACCACUAUGGACGGGGAAGGGAUGCUUGUGAAAAGGGAUUCCUGCUUUCGGAUCCUCACUGGCUGCUUCCUUUCCUUGCUGAUUCUUUCCACACUCCUAGGGAACACACUGGUCUGUGCUGCGGUCAUCAGGUUCCGCCACCUGAGGUCCAAGGUGACCAACUUCUUUGUGAUCUCUCUGGCAGUCUCAGACUUGUUAGUAGCUGUCUUGGUCAUGCCUUGGAAAGCCGUGGCGGAGAUAGCUGGAUUCUGGCCUUUUGGGUCCUUCUGUAAUAUUUGGGUGGCAUUUGAUAUCAUGUGUUCCACAGCCUCCAUCUUAAACCUGUGUGUCAUCAGUGUGGACCGAUAUUGGGCCAUCUCCAGCCCAUUUAGGUAUGAGAGGAAAAUGACCCCAAGGGCAGCCUUCAUUAUGAUCAGUGUGGCAUGGACUUUGUCUGUGCUGAUCUCCUUCAUCCCAGUGCAGCUGAACUGGCACAAGGCUAAAACCACCAGCUUCUUAGACCUGAACUCCACUUUCCAAGGGGUAGCUAUGGACAACUGCGACUCCAGCUUAAACAGGAUGUACGCCAUCUCUUCCUCCCUCAUCAGCUUCUACAUCCCAGUGGCCAUCAUGAUAGUCACCUAUACGAGGAUAUACAGGAUUGCUCAGAAGCAAAUCAGGCGCAUUUCCGCCUUGGAAAGAGCAGCCGUGCACGCCAAAAACUGCCAAACCCCCGCCGGCAAUGGAAGCAGCAUGGAUUGCCAGCAGCCAGAAAGUUCCUUCAAAAUGUCCUUCAAGAGAGAAACUAAAGUCUUGAAGACUUUGUCGGUGAUCAUGGGGGUGUUUGUGUGCUGCUGGUUACCCUUUUUCAUACUGAACUGCAUGGUGCCCUUCUGUGAGCCCACCAUACAAUCCAAGGGAGCAGAACCGUUUUGUAUUAGUUCUGCCACUUUUGACGUCUUUGUUUGGUUCGGAUGGGCCAACUCUUCACUGAACCCCAUCAUCUAUGCCUUCAACGCAGACUUCCGCAAGGCAUUCUCUACUCUCUUGGGAUGCUACAGACUCUGUCCCGCUUCCAUCAAUGCGAUAGAGACGGUUAGUAUUAACAACAAUGGGGGCAUAGCUUUUUCCAGUCAGCUUGAGCCCAGAGGGUCCAGCCCCAAAGAAUGCAAUUUAGUCUAUCUGAUCCCCCAUGCUGUUAUAUGCCCAGAAGAAGACGACAUGGCAAAGAAGGAAGAGGAGGGGGAACUGUCUAAAACGUUGGAGAAAAUUUCUCCAGCCCUAUCAGGUAUCUUGGAUUUUGAAGCUGACGUUUCUUUGGAAAAGAUCAACCCCAUCACACAAAAUGGUCAGCAUAAAACCUGA